AUGAGCCAAGAUUAUUUCAGCAGUAACGGAAAGGGCAAGGCCCGACUGCACCAGGAACCCGAUUCUGAUGGUGAUAACGAUCAUGGCCCUUCCGACGCGCCCACCAGCAAUCACUCUUCUCCGCCACCCACAAACUCGUCCUCUUCUCGGGUCCAAUACAUGACUGUCGGAAAUGGUAUGACAUCUGAACAUGCUGCCCGUCUCCAGAGCAUGCUUGACGUGGACUCAGGCUAUGGAGGAAGUAUAGCUGGCGAUGACCGUUCCAUGAGUUCCGCCGCAGCAUGGGAUAUGGCAAUGCAUCACGACCGGCCUGCGUCGGGUGCUGUGCAUCAGAUGUGGUAUAAUGCUCAUCGUGCUACCCUCGGCCGUUCCAUCAACAAGGUGCUCGAACUGCUUCAAAAUUUACAAGAAAUGAAUGCUUCUUGGCCCGCACACUAUCCUUCCGUUCAAAGAGCUCGCCGCGACUCCUCCGAACACUCCUCACGGCCCGCCUUUGCCCAUGCCCACACGGGUAUGGAAGGCAAAGGCUCGUCCUUUUUCCGAAACCCUGGUUUAAGACGUGCCAUGACGACGGUCGAAGACGGUUCCGCCGAAUCGAGUCGAGCCGCUGAAGUUCGAUCCACGCCUGAGCCCCGACUCGUUUCACCACAAAUUGCUCAAGAGUUCUCUAUCUUGAAGCUCGACCUUAAGCUCGGUGCUCUUCACCAGACUGAGCUCGUCCAUUCAUUGGAAAAGAGCUCCAUCGCAUCCCUUCUCGACGGCAAAAUUAGUUCCAGCAUCAAACAUCUACUAGCUCUCCGCGAACGAAUUGAGGACACUGCAAGUAAGGUUCUUAUCACAGGCGACCUCAAUGCUGGCAAGUCAACUUUCUGCAAUGCUCUCCUCCGUCGAAAGGUUCUUCCCGAGGAUCAGCAGCCUUGUACUGCUAUCUUUUGUGAGGUGCUUGAUGCUAGAGAGAACUCUGGUGUGGAAGAGGUACAUGCAGUGCAUAAGAACGUGCCCUACGACCGAAACGAUGAGUCGACCUACGAUGUUUUCUCACUAAAGGAACUCGAGAACAUUGUCAUCGACAACGAGACCUACACUCAGUGCAAGAUUUACGUCAAGGAUAGCCGAAGCAUUGACGAAUCUCUACUGAACAAUGGCGUGGUGGAUAUUGCCUUGAUCGACGCUCCUGGUCUUAACUCCGAUACAACCAAAACGACUGCCAUCUUUGCCCGACAGGAAGAGAUCGAUGUGGUUGUGUUUGUAGUUUCCGCUGCCAAUCACUUUACACAGUCUGCCAAGGAGUUCAUUUGGGCUGCUGCUGCUGAGAAGGCCUACAUCUUUAUCGUUGUUAACGGAUUCGAUGUGAUCCGAGACAAAAAGCGAUGUGAGAAGAUGGUUCUUGACCAGGUUGCCGGUCUCAGUCCCCGAACCCACAAGGAGUCCUCCGAGCUUGUGCAUUUCGUGUCUAGCAACGCCAUCCCUGUCGGCCCCUCGCCUCCUGGCGGCCCUGGCGGCAGCGGCAGUUCAAGCGGAGGUAGUGGUGAUCCUGGUGAUGGUGAUGACAAGGGUAAGGGUAAGGAUCUUGAUAAGGUGCGAGACUUCGAGGCUCUGGAGCAAUCGCUGCGAAGAUUCGUGCUUGAGAAGCGUGCACGAUCGAAGCUUGCACCUGCUCGAACAUAUCUGCUCAACAUCUUGAAUGAUGUCAACACUCUUGCAAAUGUCAAUCAGGAAGUUGCUCAAUCGGAACUGGAGCGAGUGACCCAGGAGUUGAAGGAGCUUGAACCUCAGCUGGAAUCCAGUCGAAGGGCAAAGACCGAAGUAAGCGAGUCAGUUGAUGCCAACGUUGAGGAAACAUGCAAGGACGUCUACGACUACACUCGAAAUACUCUUAACUCGGCCAUUCUCCAUUCUGGAAGCAGCCACUACGAUGUACCUUACCCCGGUAUCUGGAACGCUUUCCAAUAUGCAGAGGACCUCAAGGAAGCUAUGCUGUCUCGCAUCGCAGAUUCUGUUUCGAACUGUGAAGAGUAUGCUCGCAGAAAGACAGUGUACGGCGUCAAUGCUAUCAAGCAACUGGGUAUCCUGCACGUUGGUGAUGAGUUCCAGAACCUCCAAUUCCGACCUGAUGUUAUGUUCCGACGCAAGCGAGAUGCUCUUGCUCGUCAGGUCGAAAUUCCCACAGAACUGAUCGACUUUGUCGACUGGACUACCUUGUUACAGCGACAGGAAAAGUUUGCUGGCACUGGUAUGGCCCUUACAGUUGCCGGCGCCGUUGUGCCCCGGAUGAUUGGUAUGAACACGUGGAUGGACCAGGCUAUCACAGCAACUCGCAUCUUGAGCAACGAGAACUUACGCCAGCUCAUCAUUCCUGGCAUUCUCGUGGCUGCUGUUGCUGCCUCUGCCUAUGUUCUGCAGCAGAUUCCCAACUCACUGCCUCCUCGCCUUGCUACAAAGAUCUCGACUCAGCUUGCAGAGUUGGAUUAUGUUCACUCCAACUCCUCUCGAAUCUCCUCUUCCGUUCGCAAGGUCCUCCGCAUUCCCGCUGACAACCUUCGGGUCGGCCUUGACCAAAGUCUCAAGGACUUGAGCGCAAAGCGAGAGGAGACUAUCAAGGUCAAGGGCGAGAGUGAGCGCGCCUCUCGUUACUUCCUCAACCUCAUCCGCCAGAGCGAUGGUGAGCGCGCCAGGGUCGAAGGUGUUGACCUUGAGACUCCGCCAGUUGGCAUGCAUUCAUGA